UAAUAAGCUGCCCUCGAGCCCCACUGUGGCUUGGGCGACUGUCGCGGAGGCUGUGCGCGCGACACCGGGCCUGCACGGGGACCAUGGCUCGGCCGCGGCGCUUCACUGUAGAGCUGCCCGAUUGCUCCCUGACUCACUUCGUCCUGGGGGACGCGGCGGGCCACCGGGAUGCUCGCCUUACGGAGCUGCUCGGGCCCCCAGGGCGCAGCUACGCGCUGUGUGUGCCAUUGGUUCCAGGCGAAGGCUGUGGGCCCCGGGUACAGGCGGCCCGGGUGUACCAGCGCCUGCAGCUGCAGCUGCGCCAGGGUCCUUUGCAGAGGUGCGAGCUGAGCAAACUGCUGGGAUAUGGUCCAGGCGAUCAGGCCAGCGAAGCCCAGCAUGGCUUCCUGCUGCGCGACCCCAGCGACCACCCGGACACCCGGCAAGACUUGCUGCAGCUUCUGGGCUCAUGCCAGGAGGCGACACGGCUGCACUUGGCGGAGUUCCAGGCCGAUUCCCAGGGAUUGCUGUGGCAGCGUCUGUGGGAGUUGCAGGGAGACAGACAGGUGCAGGUGGACUGCGCAUGCGUCCUGCCGGCACCGGAGCCCCAUCUGCACCCACUGCUGCCUGAUCUGCUCAACUCUGCGGUGUUUCAAGACCGGGACGCUGCACGGGCUGUCUUGGAGGAGUGCACAUCUUUUAUUCCAGAAGCCCGGGAAGUGCUUGACCUAGUUGACCAGUGCCCAAGGGAGAUCCAGAAAGGGAAGUUCCAGGUCAUUGCCAUUGAAGGACUGGAUGCCACUGGUAAGACCACACUGACGCAGUCCGUGUCAGAGUCUCUCCAAGCUGUCCUCUUACAGUCUCCACCCCCCUGCAUCAGCCAGUGGAGGAAGCUCUUUGAUGAUGAGCCUACUAUCAUUCGGAGAGCAUUUUACUCUUUGGGCAAUUAUCUCGUGGCUUCUGAAAUAGCUAAACAGUCAGCCAAGUUUCCUGUUAUCGUAGACAGGUACUGGCAUAGCACAGCCACCUAUGCCAUAGCCACUGAGGUGAGUGGAGGCCUACAGUACCUACCCCCUGCCCACCACCCUGUGUACCAGUGGCCAAGAGACCUGCUGAAGCCUGACCUGGUCCUGCUGCUUACUGUGAAUUCUGAGGAGAGAGUGCGGAGACUGCAGGGUCGGGGCCAGGAGAAGACUAAAGAAGAGGCUGAACUCGAGGUCAACAGCGUGUUUCGUCAGAAGGUGGAAGCCACGUACCAGCGUAUGGAGAACCCAAGCUGCCGUCUGGUCGAUGCCAGCCCGUCCAGAGAGACAGUGCUGCAGACAGUUUUACAGCUGAUCCAGAGGGCUGGUCAUUAAUUGCAGUUGCUAUGGCUGGGUUCCUCAUUAUACCGGAAGAGAAGCUGUGUGAUGCACCAAAACCCAGCACUUGUCAUUCAGGUUUCUUAGAUUUAGGUCGUAUGAGCAAACCUAGUAGAAAAAAAACCUGGAGACUGUGCAGUUUGCUUUUCUUCUGACUGACCGAGCCAGCCAAAGCUGCUGAUUCAUUUCUGUCUGGCCGUGUACCAUCUUCUUGGGAUAUAUUUUAACACCUUGACUUUCUGAUCCAGGGGUGAGCCUGCUGGAGGUCUUACUGAAGCUGGAAGCUAAGGAUGUCAGCUUUAGCCCACACUGAUGAGCUUGCCUCAUUGGUUUUUACCCCAAACCCUGUAACUAAAAAAUGUCACAGAGCCUGGCUGUCUAAGGACAUUCCCUUGGAGCUAUUCAUGGGUGGAGACACUUGCAAAGAAGCCAUUGAUCUUACUUCAGAGGAUCAGGGAACCCCUUGGACAGCCUGGAUGAGCACCUCAGAAUUGAAUAGAUGUGUGCCCCUGAACUGCAAGAGCUCCAAGCCCCUCUUGUUCUCGUCUGCUUGUCUGUAUUCCUCUUCUCGACUCUGAAAUCUCAUUCAGAGUGUAAUGAGCAGUCUGCACUGAUCUGGAUGCGUUGCACUUACCCAACACACCAAUUUGUUUAUAUUGAUGUUUACAUCAUGUGUUUCCUCAGUGUAGGAGCUGUGUGUGAGUCACACACACAAACUGAGGCCAAGGAGCUAAAUGAAGCAUUUGCUCAGUGUUUUCAUUACACAAAUUUAAUUUAUCUUAAUAAGCACCGUGGAUUCUGGAAUGAGACUUCAUAGUAAAUUAUCAUGCACUUUGAAUGUCUUCUGAUUGCGUGUGAAGUCAGCUUCGAGGGCUCUUUAGAUAGAGAAUAGAGCUGUGGAAGAGAAGCCUGGUGGCUCUGUAGCCUUGGCUUAGUCAUUUAACAUUGGUAACAUCAACAGUUUGAGCUGAAAGGGUGCAGUAAUGUGCUCCCAGAAAUAUUUACUUGGGAGGCUGAGAAAGGAAAAAUUGAAAGUGCUAGGUGUAAGUUCAGAAUUAGCCUGGGUAGUGUAGUGAGACCUUGUCCCAAGAUAAAAACUGUAAAGAGGAUUGGGGGUGCAACUCCAUAGUAGAUAAAGUCUCACUAUACUUUGUCUCUGAAAAGAGGCAGUUGAUGGCCCUGGGUUCAUGCUCUGGUGUCCAUUCCCAGUACCAUAAGAAUAAAAAUGCAAACAAAAACAAACAAUAAAAGAAAUUAAGUCAUUUUUUGGUCAUAAGUAGGUGGCUGGACCAGAUUAUUAUUUAACAUUCCAGUUCCAGUGUGGAUGUCUCCCUACAUCAUUCUGAUGCUAAGUCCCAUUUCUUAAGAAUCCAUCCCCAAAUAAUUAUAUGAAAUUCCAUGAAAGCCUUAUAAGGUUUACCCUAAUCUUAAACUAUAAUAAGAUUUAAAAUUUAAUAUUAACUCCUCAAUAUUUUUCUCUUUUAUGACUAUGUAUAACUUAUAAAAAUGUGUCUAUGUAUUUAAAUUUCUUGUUGGCUUCUGUAGAACGUAUUUUUAAAGCUGAUUAACACUAGGGCUCUGUGCGACAUGGUAGCUACUUCCACAGAGGGUUUUAUUCAAGCCUCUCUGAGAUGAUUGCACCAGAAGCUGAGAAGGAAGUCUUAGCGCUCUCUUCAUGAAACCUGCCCGUGAAUAAACUUGCUCUGACUUUCCU